AUGAAAUUCUCCACCGCCGUCCUUGCCACCGCUGCCUGUGCUGUUGCCUCUGCUUCCACCAAUGAGACCGUGGUUCUCAACAGUACCAGCACUGUCGACCACCAGCGCACUACUUUGAUGACCAUCACCUCGUGCGUGGACAACGCCUGUGCUUCCAAAACCACCAUCACAACUGCUUACAACGGGUCCACCACUGGUGCUGCUGACGAUGUGACCUACGUGGACAUCACUACCACCCCACAAAUGACCACCUCGAUGGUCAAGACCGUCAAAUCGACCUCCACUCCAUACUCGUGGUCCACUGUGUCUACUAACAACUCCACAGGUGCCGCAUCCGGCUCUUCCACAGCCAGCUUGAGCAUUUUCAGCGCUGGAGCCCCACAAGCUGUUGCUGGUGCUGGUUUCGGUGCUUUGGCCGCCGGUGUUGCCUUUGCCCUUUUGUAG